GUUCUUGACCGCAAUGUGUGAAUCAUCAAUAUGAAACGGAAAUCCGUGGCCAUGUUGGUUGAAGCCGCCCUGGCUCAAGCAGGGACAGGAGUAGUCGACAGGAUCUGUUAAAUUCUCAUCACAUUUGCGCGCUAUCCUUCGUUCAGGGAUGCGGUGCGCCAGCGGGGCGCUUGCCGCGUUCUUGGUCUCGCUGCACACGCGCACGAGGGCCCGCGCGGUGGACCAGAACGACCGCGUGGCCAUGGAGCUCAGCCCUGGCGGCGAGGCAUACAGGACGCAGCCCAUUAUGCGCUCCGAGAGCCUUCAGGACGUGCCCCCCGAGUCUCUCACCAAGGUCUCCGACCAGGCUGCACCCGCCCUGUCGGAGGAGAUGGUCAUCGAGUCGGCGCGCAUCGCAUUGGCCACGCUCAACAGCUCCGAAGGCGCGACCAUGCUGGAGCAAGGAUCGGGCAUGAUCCCUGGCUUAAGCGCGGAGUCCGCCAUGUUCAAGGCCACCGACCUCCUGUUCGGGGUCACCGGUAUCGUUCUCGAGGACUACCCGUACGCCUGCCUCUGCGACGCGACGGGAUCGUGCCAGGGCGACCCGAUGGAGACGAGCUGCAAGGGCCGCCCAGGAGAUAAUGCUGCUGUCCGCCGCGCAGGCGGUGUUCGAGCUGCUCUGGUGGCACUCGGCGGAUUCGUCGCAGCUGCCACGGCGCUCUCCUGAGCCGCUCGGGGCAUCAGCGCGCGCUGGGGAACGCGUCGUGCCUGCACACCUGCUUGCAGUCCACGUUCUUCACAAACAUGUAGCACAGCAAUACACAACGGAAGAACAUCCAUGUUUUCCAAAGCGUUACCGCGAUAGUUCAAGGGCCCUGGUUGGGCCAAAAUGGUUACGGAAGAA